AUAAAAGUUUACUUAUCUCUGUUGUCAAGAGCACACCUAAGGUUUGUGUAUAAUUCCUGGUCAUGUCUGAUUCAAGCAAGCAAACCUCCAGAAAAACGUCAUUAAAAAAAUUAUUUUGCUCCAGCCGCAGUUUUCAGACACCACGAUAUAAAGGGGAGCUCAUAAUAAAAGAAAAGGCAGAUAGUCAUUAUGAAGCAGGUGUUAAUGCGAUGUUCCUGGCCCAGUUUGAGAAGUCUGUGUCCUGUUUUUCAAAGGCUAUUCUGCUCCAGCCUCAUCAGACCCAGUUCCAUGUAGAUCGAGCAGAAGCAUAUCUUCAGCAGUGUGACUUUCAGUCUGCAGCACUAGAUUACAGACAUGCCUGCAGUCUGGAACCACAAAACAAGUUCUACCCUAAACGACUUGGCUUCAUCUACUACCUACAGGGCCAGUGUCUUUAUGAUGUGGGGAUGUUCCUUGAAGCUCUCGAGUCUUUUACAAAAGCUGCAGAACUCAAAUCCACUUUUCAGCCUUAUCACAUGAGAUGCUUGGCUUGUCUGACUGCACUGGGACAAUACUCUGACUGUCUUCGUCUGGUCAGUAACUGGCUGAAGACACACGGCCUGUCAGCUGACCUCUUCACUCUGAGAGCGCGCUUAUACCACCAGCUCAAUCAGUUUCGAGUUUCACCUGUAUGUCCCCAGAUGAUUUUGUGUUAUCAUGACUUGAGGUCAGCACUUAGGCUGAACCCGAGUUGUCCAGAGGCACAUUUACUGAUGAAGAGGCUGAAGGAGGCAGCAGAAAAUUCCCAUCAGGCAGCUGUUGAAAAAGAACUGAUGGGAGAGCUUUCAGAUGCACUGUCGAAAAUAAACACUGCUCUUGAACAUAAUCCCAGUAAAGCACAUUACUACCUCUUUAGAGGGAUUCUGUAUCGCCGUAUGAAAGACUUCACUGCUGCCGUCGAGGACCUAGAGCUUGCUGUUGCAUUCUGUGGAGUUGGAGAAGAAUCUCCUCAGGGAGAGAUGAACGAGGACUCAAGGCAUUUAGAAGAAGAUGCUCAGACUCAACUGGUGCUUACAUACAAUGAUUUUGCAGUUCAGUGCUUCUCCAAGGGUCUGUACAGUGAAGCAGUCGUGCUGCUGAACAAGUCCAUCGAGAAAAAGAGAGACAACAGUGAGCUGUUCAUCAACAGAGGAGAUUGUUUUUUUAAGCUGUGUGAGUGGAUCUUUGCACUGGCUGACUAUCAGCAAGCGGAGGAGAUGGACCCUAACAACACUACUAUCUGGCUACGACUCUCUAUGAUUCACAACACCCUUGGUCUGCACAGCUACAAUGACAAGAAGUACAAGGAAGCAGCAGACAGGUUUUCUUUAGCAAUACAGUACAGCCCAGGGGUAGUUCAAUACUAUGAAAAUCGAGCCAAAGCUUACAGCAAAGUGGGCAAAAUGGAGGAGACCAAGCAGGACACCAUCAGGGUCCUUACCUUAGAUCCCACUAAUGUCCAGGUGAUGCCCUUGCUGUUGAGUUUGGUCCCAGGAUGCUCCUUGUAUGACAUAAUGUCCUCUGCAUCUGCACAGUUUGUGAAAUGUAAGAUGAUGGCAAAGAUUCAAGCUUUCCAACUUGCAGUCUCUAAGGAGUCAAGAAUUAGUAGUAUGGACCUAACCAAGGACGACAGCCAAUCACAAAGUGCCUCUCAGGCUUCACUAGCUGAUGAUGGACCAGAGCAGGAGCUGAAGCCAGUAGAAGUGGACGACAAGCUAGUCAAGAGAAAACAACAGUUGAAUCAAGCUGUAAAAAAAGCUCUGCACCAGAGGAAGCCCCUGCACAAUGACGGGCCCAGUCUGGCCCCUGUCCACCCUGUACGAGAAGAGCCUGACACUCAGGAUCGGCCUUAUGUGUGGAAGAAAUUUGGGGCCUUUGGGCUCCAUUGUUGAAGACUUGAUGGAAUAAUUCAGUCUCAGUGAUUCUGCUGACUGGAUAAUCUGUUUCAUGCAUAACACCAUUAGUCCACUGGUCUUACAGCUUAAAUAACAUAGCAAAAUUAUAAAUUGUCUGAGUUCUAUUAAUUUCUCAAUUGAGUCUAUAAUAGGAAAAGAAAGUAAAAAAAUAUUAAUUAUUAAUUUACUUUAUCAGUAGCUCAGCAGAAACAAUUGCUUUUGAUUGCAACUUUUUAAAUAUAAAUUUAAAGAUCAAGUUUGUAAAUGUUUUGAUGUAAACUAUUUUCUUGUAUCCCAACUUCAUAUGCAGAGACAACUAUAUGUGCCACAUUCAAAACAUUGUUUAUUUAAGCUUCCCAGUCAGCCUUACACAGCAAAACUGGCUUAAUCAGUACCAAUUUGAUUGGCCAAUGGCAGAUUUGGGGAGUGUUUGAGAAACCUGUUUUUAAAGAGUCUUUGUGCAAUUAUGUCUAGUGUCACUAGUGGUGCACAAAUUACACACGGCACCUUUAAAUAACAUACUUGUACCUGUAGAGAAUGUUUCAGUAUCUUUCUGUUAAUGUGUGAUAUGACGGGUAGGGAGGGACACAAAUGUGAAGAAUACUGUUUGAAGUUUUGUUGGACAUUAACUCAUAAACCGAGGGACAUUCUUUUGCCAUUAUAUUUGAUUGAGUCAAUUUCUUGCAUAUUGCAG